AAAUAUAAGAAUUUUUAUGGAGUCAGAAAGACAUAGCAAGGCUAAUAUGGAUGAAGGUGAGCAGGAUUCAAACCAACUGAACCCGAAGAUGGACUAUAACCUUGACGAAAGGUACAAGUCUGAGCUUGUCGCAUAUGACACUGAGACACAUAAGCUAGUAACAGCAAACGAAGUCAUGUUUGGAGACUCCAAAGGCCAUGAAGUACUCCCCCUCAAUGAAGCAAUUGGAAAAAUCAGAGAAGACCUUGAUCAUUCCAUUAAGAUGGGAAAUCUCAAGACAGAGAGCACUGAAGGGGUCCUUCUUGACAUCAGACAGGCUCUAAAUCAAUGAGAUCAAGCUAAGAAUGCUGCUCUAAAGGAAGCAGAGACCUCUAUCAAAACUCUCAUUAAGGCUUUGUACGAAAGAAAAGAUCAAGUUAUCAGUGAAAUAAAUGAGUACUUUGUUAACGAAAGAAAGAAAAUAGAAGAUCAAGAAGCUGCUUGGCGUGAAAAACAAGUUAUUUGUGAUAAUUUGCUCAAAAUAGCUUCAAAUAAGGAAGAUGACCAAGCCAUUCUUGAGAACUCUAAGUACAUUGCUGAUGGAAUCAAUCAUUUGAACCAAAAGAAGGGAUUUAAAGAUUUUCAAUUGAUUAACUCUCUUGACACCGUUAUGCAUGUCACAGAUGAGGAGGGAAAGAUUCAAAAGGCUGAUAUCACCCAUGAAGAGCUCAGAAGACUCAUUGGAGAGUACAUCAAGCCAAGUGAAUUCAAAAGGAUCGAGUAUAAAUGCUAA